GGGUCAGAGAGGCGGGGCUUCCGUUUCAAGCAAGAGUUUGAAACAUUUAAUAAUAUAUAUUUUUUUUAUUAGCCCGAUGAACGAGAGGGAGUAUUGUUAUACAGGAAUAAGUGUCGACAAUAAUAUAUCCCUUCAUGCCGGAUGAAACAGAUGUAGACCUUUGAUAUUGAGCCUUACAUCUAACUAGUUUAAUUAAUAGUACAAAAGAGGUGUUCACAUAUUUAUACAAUUAUUUGAGAAGUUUAAAAAUUCUGGGACAACCUUAAGGAUGGCCUACUAUGACAGUCCGGCGAUUCUACGCACCCGCAGCGCUACGCCACUGACACCUGAAAUGUCAAAAAUACUGCCCUAUGUGACCGACAAGACCAUCGCCCGUCAUCUGGGUAGUGUGGGGCGCUCAAUGGACAUGGGGCACGCCAAGAAUUAUUUCAACCCUGCCACACGUACCGUGUACUCCCGAUAUCAGCCCAAUGACUGGUUCCUGUCUAACAGCAUCAACUACACCCUUUCGGACAAGGAGCGUAGCUUCGCCGAGAGGCUCAGAGCCGAUGCCUGGCGGGCAGUGAAGGAAACAGACGCCAGGACGCGAAAUCGACAGAAUGACGUCACCAAACGUUUAGGUGAAAGAGUUCAGGAUAUUGCCUUCUGGAAGUCUGAACUAAACAAUGAGAUUAAUGCCAUGGCUACUGAGAUGGAAAAUCUGAAGGAGUACAAGCGUACGUGUGAGAAGGCGUUGGCCGACACGGCGAACCCACUGCACAUCUCAGAGGAGUGCCUGAUGAACCGAGAGAAGCGGCAGGGCAUUGACCUGGUCAACGACGACGUGGAGAGGUCUCUGGUCAAGGAAGUGGAGGUCAUCAAGAAGUGUCAGGCCCGAUUGAAGAAAGUUCUGGACAAGGCUUACGUUCAACUGAAGAUGGACCGUGCAGCCCAGCACGCGCUCGAGAUUGACGCUAAAGACAAACAUCACGCGCAGGGCCUAGACGACAGGAUGCAAAUGUUGCGCAAUUCUUCAGCAGGCGUAGGCUACGUCCCAGGGAUAGAGAACAUAGACAACACUAUCACCAUCCCGGAGUCCUGGGCUCGUUACACACAAGAAAACAUCGCCAGGUCCCAGAGGGAGAGGGCCAACAGUGAGAGGCUCCGGGGCGAGAUAGACAGCACCCUCAGGCAGUCUGCUAACGACAUGUGGAACCACUUUAACGCAGUCAACAACGCCUUCAAUACCAGGAUCAGAGAGACCACUGACGCUAGGAACAAGCUGCAGGCUCACUUGCAGAAGACUAUGCAGGAGAUCUUUGAUAUGGAGAGAAAUGUGGCGUUGCUGAGGAAGGCCAUCAUGGACAAGGAACAACCGAUGAAGGUCGCCCAGACCAGACUUGACGAGAGAACCAGAAGGAUCAAUGUUGAGCUGUGUAAUGACCCUGCCAUGAAAUCGCUUCAGAGGGAGGUGACGGAGAUCAAAGAGUCUCUGCGUAUACUGAAAGACCGUCUCAAGUCAUCGGAGCUGUCCCUGGCCCGCCUCAUCAAGACCAAGGCCACGCUCGAGCACGACAUCUCGGUCAAGGACAACACCCUCAAGAUCGACGCCUCCUUCUGUAUGGGCAUGCGCAAAGGGUUCCCCAUGGAUCCAAAAGUGGGGCCCAUCUUCCAGAUGCCCAUUUGUUAAUGAUAAAGGAAUUUUAAUUAACAGGAGAUCGCUUAUGUUUAUUUUUUUAGCACAACUUUUUUUUGUUUUUGUUUUUUUUUAAAAUUCUGACGGCCAAUGUACAUUUCAGUAUUCAAUAAUACAUUUAUGAAAAAAAAUUACUAUAAAAUAUUUAUUAAAGAUAAAAAUAGUAGGUGUAGCCCAAUGUCUCUGAAAUAUGUGCUUUAUACUUUUUUUUUAUAACAUUUAAUUUUACGAAUCUAUUUUUAUAUACAUAUAUUUCAUGGGAAGAAGUGUAAGGCUAUUUGUUUAGUCCCAGACAUAAAGGAUUGUUUUUUACUCUAUUCUCAUGUAAAUACUUACUUUUAUCUAAACAAUGCAGUGAUGCUCUGACUUAUUCGGUUUGGGGGCCAUAUACAUUUUCGACGGUCAUGUCGUGGACAGCAUCACAAAAAAUUUCGAGUUUUAUAAAACUAACGUUCUGCUGCUUCAAUUUUUUUAGGCAGAAGUUUUGUGGAGUUUUAUAGUGCCGCGUCAUGGGACGGAUAUGACCCGCAGGCCCUAAUUCAGGCAUCACUGUAGUAAUUCAUCUGUCUUGUACAUGUAUAUUCUAAUCUGUCUUAUCAUGAUUAUUAUUUAAAAUGUUAUUUAUUCUUUUAACUCAUUAUCUAUCUUGGUCUUUAUUUUGAAGGUGACAUUUAAAAAAAACAACACUAUCAGUAUUAUGAGUUUAUCAAUGUUGAUAUGAUUAUAUUAAUGGAUCAGUAUUGUGUAAGAAGCAGAUAUUUUAAAAUUAUUAAGCAAGCCUUGUUUCAAGCUUUGUAUUUGGCGAUAUUUUUAUUUGCUAUUAAUCACCCUUUGUUAUAUAGUCCUUAGCUAUUAUUUUAUUGUUUUUUUCUUAUUCUGUCUCAAGUUGUUUUAAAUGUCACGUGAUCAGUAUAACAGUAUUCCUGCAUGUACACAAACGUGUACACACUAUAUACAUAUAAUAGUUGUACACUCUAUUCCUUUAUAUAGAAACACGAUUUUGUUUUCUUUUUAUUUACAUUUUUUCUAUGAACAUUUCAAUUUCGUCUGCUGGUACAAUUUUUUUAAAAUUUACAGUUCAUUCCCCCUGAUGCUAUUUAUAGAUGUUAUGUAUACUUGUAGCCAGAGUUGUUAAUGUGUACUAUAUAUUUACUUGUAGCCAUGAUGUGGUCUAGUACACAUAAGCUACCCCUCAUCCACAUACAACGGCUGUGAUAUGUAUUUAAAAAGCAGUGUGGCACAAUUUUGUAUGGCUACUAUUUGAAAUAUUUUGUCUAAUAAUAUUUGCAGGUUUUUUUUUUUAAUUUCUUUUCAUUUUCAUGUUUCGAUUGAAAAGGAAAUUGUCAUUUAAUGUUUGGAUACUUUUUUUUUUUUGGGGCCUUUGGACAACAAAAAAACAACAAAAACAACAGAAGCAGAGGCGCACCUAGAGUGUGGGGAUGGAAGGGAAUAAUUUAAAAAUCCCCCAGGCCUUACUUAUGGGGGGGGGGGCAAAUGAGUGUUUUUUUUAUAUUAAAUAUUAUUAAUAUAAUAUAAUAAUUAAAAUGCAAGGGCCCCCAGGUCAAGCACACCGGCCCCCAAACGAUGGCGAAUUUCUAGCUACGCCACUGAACAGAAGUAGAAAAGCACUCUUAAUUCUCUGCUCUUAUACUUUUUUUUUUAUGAAAGAGAAGUUUUCAUUUGAGACAAUGGUUUCUCCCAGUGCUAAAAAUAAAUAAAAAAAAUACAGUACAUUUUAAAA